GCCUAUACUGUCACGUCCUCGGACCAAACAUAAAACCAUCACCUGAAAUCACACUAAGUAAUAACGAUGCCAAUUGCGGGAAGGAAAAUGGAUAAAUUCUAAAUAUUUAAGACAACUAAAUGGGAAAAGUGAGAGCAAUUGGUCUUUGGGUCUAUUAGAGGAUGGAGCUAUCCUAGUGACCUCGGCUUAGGUUUCAAUUUUUCUACUUUCCUAUUGGAUAGGCACUGCUUGAGCUUGCCUGUCACAAGUCUUUCAAUUCAAACGCUGCCAACCAGAUUAACGUCACAGAAUUUAGAAGGUGGGGAUGUAGAUGAACAAACAUUCUAGUUGUCGUGUUAACAUCAACCCCAUCUUCAUAAUGACAAUAAGAAAGGGUUUCCAAUAUCAAAAUUAGGGAAACGGGUGUUUGCACAAAUCUGAAAGAUGCCUGAUAUCCAUUAAGCAGACGCCAAAUCUCAGUUCUCAAAUGAUACUCAAAUUAAAGCAUUCAAAGCAGCUUCUAGUUGGUUGGCUUCUUCAACUACACUCUCCUUUUUGGUCCAUUUGUGUUGUCCCCAGGUUGUUCUACUUUGAUCUAACUGCCAACUACCUCUCCUACAUAAAGUUUCUCCUGAUUGAAUAUGUUGCCUCUCUUGAUCAAUCAAAAUAAAUUCUUCUUUUUCUGCUUUUUGAACUUCUUGUAAUGGCGCUCUCAUUUCUGCGGAAACAGAAAUUCAUAAUCACCUUUACUCUAAUUUCCAUGGCUUGAUUCUGCUUCUAUUCAGGUCACUGUGUCAUGAAACCCAAUAAAUUUUGCCUUGUAACUUUUCAUCUCCUUAUAGUUGACAUUCUGUAUUGUUGUUCGGAUGUAAUUCUGCGCAGGAUAUGCAGAGGAUGUUCCAGGACAAAUGAUUGCAGAUGCAUUACCAUGCUUAAACAAUAAGAUAUACAGUGGGUGCGAGGCGGCAUAUAGACUAACCCAGAGUGGGAAUCUUAAUGUUCCACCAGAAGCAACUGAUAUUUUCUGCAAUGGACCUUGCCUAACCGAGACAAGAGCAGUCCUUAGUUGCAUUAACAACGUUUUAUGUGAUUUCCUUUUCUACCAUAGAGCUACAGUAAGAGACAUUAGAUACGCCAUUAGUGCUGGCUGCAGCAACACCAACCUAAGAGGGAACUUCAAUGUGGCAAGCUAUAUAGAAGGUGAAACUAGCAAUGCAUACAUAGUGCCCAACUUGCCUGCCUUCUACAUCUUAACUUUGACAACCGGGUUGUGUUUAUUCAUCUUGUAACUGCUCCAAAUACAACAAAUACAAGAAUAGGGGCACGGAUGUGCGAGAUUUUGUUGCUUAUACCAAUGAGGCUUAAUCUAUUAGUAUUAUAUAGAAGAACACAGAGCACGUGAAUUCAGAAUGUAGCUCCUUCAACAGCACCUCUUCCUUUCCAUAUUCUAAUCCGCAAAUUGAACUUGAAACAGAGAAGUCAACGAAGAUUAUAUAUAUUAGGCCAA